GCCUGACCCUCUCCUUCCUGCAGUUCAAGGGAAAGACGAGAUCUUGCACAAGGCACCCUGCGUCUGUCCUCCACAAGGGAAGGGUGACAUGGAGCCUCUUGGGCUGCUCAUCUUGCUCUUUGUCACAGAGCUAUCCCGAGCCCACAACACCACGGUGUUCCAGGGCAUGGCAGGCCGGUCCCUGAGGGUCUCCUGCCCCUACAACUCCUUGAAGCACUGGGGGAGACGCAAAGCCUGGUGCCGCCAGCUGGGUGAAGAGGGCCUGUGCCAGCAGGUGGUCAGCACUCACCCCUCGUGGCUGCUGUCCUUCCUGAAGAGGCGCAAUGGGAGCACGGCCAUCACGGAUGAUGCCCUGGGCGGCACACUCACCAUUACUCUGCGGAAUCUUCAAGCCCACGACGCUGGCCUCUAUCAGUGCCAGAGUCUCCAUGGUAGCGAGGCCGACACCCUCAGGAAGGUCCUGGUGGAGGUGCUGGCUGACCCCCUUGAUUACCAGGACCCUGGAGAUCUCUGGAUCCCUGAGGAGUCCGAGCGCUUUGAGGAUGCCCAGGUGGAGCACAGCAUCUCCAGGAACCUUUCUGAAGAGGAGAGCCCCUUCCCACCCAUUUCCAUCCUUUUCCUCCUGGCCUGCAUCUUUCUCAGCAAGCUUCUGGCAGCCAGCGCUCUCUGGGCUGCAGCCUGGCAUGGGCAGAAACGGAGGACACCCCAUGCCAGUGGGCUGGACUGUGGCCAUGACCCAGGUUACCAGCUCCAAACCUUGACAGAGCUGAGAGACACGUGACAGGAGGACCCACGGUGGAGGAGAGGCCCAGGAGAGGUCUGCACGGACCACCCCAGCCUGCUGCACACCCGCUCCUUGGCCACCAAGUCUCCUGGUUCUGCUUUCGCAAAAGGCCACUCUGCCUGUACCCUGCUUCUCUCGGCCCCUGGAAGCAGGGAUUUGUGCGUGUGUGCACGUGUGUGCACGUGUGUGUGUGUGUGCGUGUGUGCAUGGGAGGUGGGAAGGACAUCUACCAACUUCUGGACAUUGGACAUUAAACACUCUCACAAAUAAAUCCAAGACU